UGCAAGGAAGAGGAAGCAAGUUUGGAGCUGCAAGAGGAGGAGAAGAAGAAGCAGGAGAAGAGAAGGAGGAAGCUGCAGCAGCAUCACUUCAGACUCCUUUUCCAGCAUCUUUAGCUGUCUGACCCUGAACCUUAUGGACUAGAUCCCCCGUCGGGUGAAUCCUUCAGUGUGGAAUCCUUUCCUUUUUGGUUUUGUUUUGCUCAUCAAGAUGCAGGCACAGCUGGCGUGUAUUCUUCUCCUCUGUUUCACGUGUGGUGGACUUUGCACGGAUGUCGAUCAGGACCAGCGAGCGCUAGAAGAGGAGCUACUCGGCAGUCUCUUCACUUCUAAGAUGAAACAGAAUAAGCAGAGUGCCCCCUACUGGCGUGUGUCACUGGCCAACCUGUGUCGGAUGGUGAACAGCCUGCGGCAGGAGGCGUGGAGCGGCGAGGAGGAGGAGGACGGCGAGCUGAGGGAGGGGAGCCUCCAGCUGCUGGAGGAGCUGUACAACCUGCAACACAUCUGCCGGGCGCUGCAGAGCCGAGAGGAGAGGCUACUCCAGGACUCUCUAGAAUAUUUAGAGGAGAACAGCGACAGUCCGCUGAAACGGAAAUCACCCUACAUCCUGAAGAGGCAAGCUGCGCACACCACCAAGUCCCGGAGGCCGUACAUCUUAAAGAGAAGCACGAUUUACUGACAGCCGUCCCACAGGCCGACGUGACGAGUUCGGGGACCAGAUCAUAUGCUUUCUGUGAAGACGUGAUUGUGUUUUUUCCCCCCUUCUCUCUCUCUCUCUCUCUCUCUCUCUCUCCUUGUAGCUGAAAUGUUUUUUCUUUUCCCGUUGUUGUUUUUGAUCCAGUCAGACCCUUCCACUGUAUGUCCAGCAUUAAGGCCUGCCUGUCUUCUGCUCCUCCCAAGCGCGGGUCCUGAAAAUAAAAUCCUAAAGCAUCAAGCAAAUUGUGUAUCUCUGAGAAACUAUAUUUCUUUACUCUGU